UUCCGCUUCCGCCGCCGCGCCCGGAAGUGCUGUUCGCCGCCGCCGCCGCCAUGGCCUCAAGGUUACUGCGGGUGAGCGCGGCUCUGCGGCUGCUGCCCGCCGCCUCCGCCCGCGCUGCGCCCGCCCGCUGCCUCGCCGUCCCUGGCGGCCUCGCCAGCGAUGAGGAGCAGGCGACGGGGCUGGAGCGGAAGGUGCUGGAGGCCAUGAACAAGGGCCUGGACCCCUACAGCAUGUUCCGACCGAAGCGCUAUGCGGGGACCAAGGAGGACCCCAACCUCGUCCCCUCCAUCAGCAACAAGCGCAUCGUGGGCUGCGUCUGCGAAGAGGACAACAGCUGCGUCGUCUGGUUCUGGCUGCACCAGGGGGAGGCCCAGCGCUGCCCCUCCUGUGGUGCCCACUACAAGCUGAUCCCCCACGAGCUGCCCCACUGAGGCCCCCACGGCUUGGGGAGGGGGAGUUGGGGGGGGGCUGCACCGACACCCCCCCUCCCCUCCCCAGCACCCAGUGGGCAUCUUCUGGGCCGAGCUGAGCCACACACCCCCCCCCGCCGUGUGUGCCCCCCCUAUAAAGAGUUUGUGUGUGGA